AUGUGCCUACUUUACGUGCGACAGCGUUCUUCAGUUCCUUCUUAUAAAGAGAAUCUGUUAAUACGACGGUUUUUCCUUUUCGUCUUGUUGUCCACCGAGUAUUUUGACAGGUCGGGGAUCCUGGUGGCGGUGCUGCUGGUGUGGGAGCUGCCGACGGAGGAGGUGUGCGCGCGCCAGCUGUGGCACUACCUGCUGGGCUACGUGGCGCUGCUGGCCGGCUGCCUGCUGCUCGAGGCGCUCAUCUCGGCCGUCGCCAUGCGCGGCUCCAUCCUCGACACCGAGGCGCGCGCCUCCAUGCAGUACCUGCUCUACGUCAGGCUUGGAAUCAUGUGCCUGGAGCUGAUCUGGCUGGUGGCCGGGGUCGUUUGGCUGGCCUACCACUACCGGCAGUGCCCCGCCCACUCUGCCAAGGAGGUCGCCCUAGGUCUGGUGAUCUGCAACUGGUGCGUCGUCCUCAGCAUCCUGAUGACCGUGUGGUGCACGUUCGAUGCGGCGGGCCGCUCCUGGGUCAAGAUGAAGGAGUACCAGCGCAGUACCAGGGACGCAGACUCCAGGAGGCCCUACCGCCGCUCCACCAGCACCAGCCGCAACUGGAGGCAGAGGAAGGUGAUCCGGGCGUACCAAGACAGCUGGAAUCACCGGUGUAGACUGCUCUUCUGCUGCAUGGGGAACAGCGACAGGAACCGGAACUCGUUCGCGGACAUCGCGCGUCUGCUGUCCGAGUUCUUCCGCGACCUGGACGUCGUGCCUUCCGACGUGGUGGCCGGCCUGGUGCUGCUCAGGAAGUUCCAGAAGAUCGAGCGCGAAGCCGUCGUCAAGGAGCGCAGGAACGACACGUACGAGUUCCUGUCCGGGGUGCCGGUGACGCCGGCCACGCAGUUCGUCGCGCUGACCGAGGCGGCCGACCUGGGCCGCUUCCAGGACGCCGUCCACUACAUGCACUUCGCGCUCGCAGCCUACGGUUGGCCCAUGUUCCUCGUCACCUACAGCGCCACCGGCGUCUGCCAGCUCUGCGCCUCCAUCAGGUGUUCUUGCCUGUGGUGCUCGCCGCCCAAGGACCCGGCGGUCAUCGUCGAGGACAACUGCUGCCGCUGCAACUACGCGGCGCUGCGGCGCAUGGUGGACGUGGGCGACGUCGCCGUCGUGUACGCCACCUACCACGUCGACGUCGGCGAGACGCCCUUCUUCGUCGCCGUCGACUACACCAAGCGCAAGGUCGUCAUCAGCAUACGAGGCACCCUGUCGCUCCAGGACGUGAUCACGGACCUGAACGCUGAGGGUGAGCCGCUGCCGCUGGACCCGGUUCGCGAAGACUGGCUGGGUCACAAGGGCAUGGUGCAGGCUGCCGAGUACAUCCGGCAGAAGCUGCGCGAGGAGUGCAUCCUGGAGGCUGCGUUCGGGCACGACCCGGAGCGCGGGUCUGCCGGCUUCGAGCUGGUGCUGGUGGGCCACAGCCUCGGCGCCGGCACCGCCGCCAUCCUGGCCAUCCUGCUGCGCCAGCACCACCCCACGCUCACCUGCUUCGCCUACUCGCCGCCCGGCGGCACGCUCAGCAUGCCCGCCGCGGAGCACAGCAAGCAGUUCAUCACGUCCGUGGUGGUGGGCAAGGACGUGGUGCCGCGCAUCGGUCUGCACCAGCUGGAGUCGCUGCGCGCCGACCUCAUCAACACCAUCAAGCGCAGCAAGGACCCCAAGUGGAAGACCAUCUUCUGCAGCGCGGUGUGCUGCGGCUGCGCGCCGAUGCCGACCUCGGCGGCGGAGCUGCAGGGGGACUCCAGUCUGUGCGAGUACCGGCGCGAGCGGCAGGCGGCGCGGGCGGCGGGGGCGGCCGCCGUCCACCCCUCCGACCCCAGCAUCGCGCUCACCGUGCACCAGCCGCUCUACCCGCCGGGCCGCAUCAUACACGUGGUGCGGCACCACCCCUCCAAGGGAGAGCAGAAAUAUGAGAAGCGAUGGAGGCAGGUGCUGAACAAGCACGAGCCUGUCUACCAGGCCGUGUGGGCGAACACGACUGACUUUGAUGAGGUCCUCAUCUCACCAGUCAUGAUACAGGACCACAUGCCUGAUAACGUGCUUGAUGCUCUCAAUAAGGUUAUAACGACGGUGGGGCCGGCCAAGCCGCGGCGGGCGUCGGCGUGCGCGUCGUCGACGCCGGCCGAGCAUCUGCAGCCGCUGCUGGCCGCCGCCCCCGCCGCCUCCGCCCCCGCCGCCGCCCCCGCCCCCGCGACCUCGCCCGGCUCGCCCAAGGCGUCGACGCCGCCGCACCGGCUGUGCCUCGAGACGAGCUUCACGUCGCUGCAGAGCCCCGGCUCGGAGCCGCAGCAUAUCAUAUCUUCCAUCUCAUCUUCAUCUACAUCCUCCUUCCUUUCUAUAAUUUCGUCAUCAGUGACGAUCCCGGCGCAGGACGGCCUGCACGACGAGUGGUUCGGGCUGGCGCCGCUGGCCACCCCCGAGUCGCUGUCCGAGGUGUCGAGCAUCAGCUCGCGCGCCAGCUGGCUGCUCGCCGACGGGCCCGCGCCGCCCCCGGCGGCCACCCGGCCGGCCACCUCGUCGGGCGACGACCUGAGCUUCGCGUCGGCGCGCCAGACGACGGCGACGGCCACCUCGAGCGACGACUGGGAGCGCACCAGCGGCCGGCGCACCUCCAGCGAGGCCUUCCUCAGCGUGCGCGGCACGCCCUCCUCCUCCGACGACUCGGUGAGUACCCCGGCAGGCGGCGCAGAAGCUAGUAAAGAGACAGACAAUGUAGAAUUUAGUGAAGAUGAACAUUUUGUUGAAGAAGAUAAUGUCAGGUGUACAGAUGGCAGUGAUGUAGACCCAGACUUUGAAGGAGAAAAUGAGUAA